UCUAUGCAAUAGAAGAGUUGGUGAUCUAUGAUUUAGUAAAGGCCAUGUUACACUUUAAUUGGCGCUCGGCGCCGACCCAUAGAAUUACAAUAAGUAUAGAGAUGAAAUGGUAAAGUCGGAAGAUGAUCGAUGAGAUGCUCUUAUGGAACUUUCAGUAGGAGUGGCAGAGAAAGCGCUAUGAUUGUUUGUCCUUGUCAGUUUAUUUAUUUUUAUUCCUGACCGUAAAUGCUAGUAUGGCUUAGGGCUCCUCUACACGAUGGCCGAUUCGUUAGAGGGAGCAAGUGAUAUUGCUAUUUCAUUUCACCGCAUAGCUGUUUCCCUUAGACUGGCCUACGCUGGGCCAUCGUGUCUGGAGCCAUUCAUUAUGGUGGGCAACAAAUAACCCGACCAAAUUACGUAGGUUGUUUUUGGUAUGUUGUCAGGAAUGUUAAAACAUGUUUUUAAUUUGGCGCAAUGCUUAUGUUCUGUCCUUUACGGCCGCAUGCGUAUAGCAUAUUUAGUUGAUCCUACCAUCUCUGCGUGGACCCCAUUGUAUUCUUAAUAUUCUUUGAUACACUUCUAGCGAGUGUAACAUUACAGUCUAAAAACAUUUUGAUAAAUUUAAAAAUGGCGAAUGCUUGGCAGAAUGUAGUGUGGACUCUCGCCGAAAUAAAUGGUGACAUCUGUCACCAAAGAGCAUAUAAUCACUACGUUUUAAGAGACGGGACUUCCAUACUAGCGAGUGGACUCGGUUUGUUUUGCAAAUCAUUACCAAAAUCUACGACAAAGAACUGUCAAGGAACCAUAAUACCAACAUAACCGAUUUAAAUAGUGUAGUACGCUACACGCUUGCGAUUCUUAUCGAUAUCGAUAAAAUGGGGAGGGUUGAAACAUAGGCUCCUGUCUACAAAUUUUGUACUCGAAAUCAGGUUAGCAUCGAGUCCACAUUUAAGUUGUAUGUUAUAUAGUGGAUAGUUCUUUGAGUGGACUAAUAUCUGGUCGGGCUUAAUGUGGACCCGAAUUAUUUUAAUACAGUUUUUAAGUCGUGUUUUAUUUUUUAUUUAAAGCUUUAUUUUCAAAAUAUUCUGCACAUACAUGUUUCAAUAAAUGUUACUUUUCUAUGGAAAGAUGUAUCGUCAGGUCUUCGUUCGCAACAAAUUUGACCCACUGCCUGCAUCUGAAAACAUACAGCCUUGGACAAACAUGACUUUGUCUACAGUUUAUAUUCCAAGUAUUUGCUAAUGAGAUGAUCAACUGAUUAUUUAGCGCUAAUAUGCAUCUAUAAAUCAUAUUUUUCAGCAUCCAGUUAUCAACAACCCAUAUGUCAAGAUAUGUCAAAUAAUGACCAUUAACGCUUAGAUGAUAGAUAAUUUUCCACUGAAAAUCUUCGGCGAAUUAAUUUUGUGUCAUUUUGCAUGCAAGUUCUCAGGAAAUUUCACAUAUUUUAUUCAAUUACUUACACUGAUAUACAAAUAAACAUACAAUUAUCGAUAGUUUUAGUACAUCCCUAGUUCACAACUAAAAAUAAUAUAAAAUAUCAAAUUUUCGAUGUGUUUAAAGCGUGCUGCACCAAAAUAAGGUCAAAAGUAUCUAAAGCAAUACGUACCGGUCUUUAUCCAAGGGAAAUUUCGCCAUAAAAUCCAUUUUUUCGUGAUUUUCUCGAGUGGCUCGCUUGCCACAUAUUUCACACUUAGUAAACCAUUUUCUCGGUGGCAUUAUAACAAAGUCGCUCUUUACUCUGAUCACGGUUCACUAUUUUCGAUAUUUUCACUAAAUAAUAAAGAAAUUGCACGAAAUACCCGAACAAAAUAUUGAAGCCUUCAUAACAAACAAAACAAUGAGGCUGACAGCUGACUUGAUGUAAACUUGACAGAACAAAUAGCACUGACGUUUUAUUUUUCUUCGUUGGCAAAGAUUUGCGAAACAAGUUCCAUACAAAACUUAUUUUGUUCCUAGUUGCGUCAGCCUGUCUGUCACUGUCAUUAGUGUCAUUUGAGGUUUUGAGUUGAGUGAACUGUGAAGCCGAAUGAACGUAUCAUUUGUAUUUGUAGUUUACUAAUUAAAUAGAAAAAAUAUAAUUGGGAACCAGAAUUUUCAUGCAAAAACUGCAUGCAACCAUGCCUGGAAUUGAAGCUGCUUCAAGUGAUGAAGAUUAUAUUAUUACAAAAGCCAAAGAAGCUCAGAAGCAUAACAUACAUUCGGCAAAAGCAUGGAUGCUUACAGCAAAAACACUAUUUCCCACAAAUUUCAAAAUACAGUUUGAGGCUUAUCUGAUGGAAAAACAAUCUGGUAACUUACAGGAAGCAGCAGAGUGUUUCACUUCUUUGAUGUUGUCACGUCAAAAUCUCCCAGAACUUUUAACAGAAAUAUCAGCCAUCGCUAACGCUCUUAAAACGGCAGAAUCUAGUUUUUUGAGUCAAAUGUUUGAUAAAAUAUGUCCCGAUAUACAACUAACAAUAUUAAAGACUAGUGUAGAGAACAGUGAUGACACCAUGGAGCACUGUCGGCUGUUGGUUUUAUUAUUGAAAAAGUUUCCCCAACUUGGAGUUGACAGUCUGGUAAAAACAUUAAUCAAUGCAGACAAAUUCUUCAGUGACAAUAGGUAUGCCAGGCUGCUGGUUGUGGAAACUCUGCCCCUUCUAAGCUCUUUAGAAUCGCCCAGAUUGUUACAGCGGUUACUGAUCAAAGCUAUUGAUUUUUACAACUCUUAUGUCUAUGAUGAAACAGAACAUGAUAUAUCAGACCCCUGGCUAAGACUCUAUGGUGUAUUAGAUUUACUUGGAAGGCAACUUGGCUGGGAUCCUUAUCUGAUAAAUUACAAUAAUAGCUUAAAUAAAGAAGCCUAUUUUCAAAAGCUACUAACAUUAAGAAAUUGUGAUGAUUGUCGUCAAUUGCUGUAUUGUGGAACCACUUUCUUCUUGAGAUCACUUUAUGAACAAAAGUCACAAAAAGGAAAUCAUAUUCUUAUAGAAGCUCUUGCAGAUCCAGACAUAACACCAUUGAAGCGAAGGAAAUCUGAAAUAGAAGUUACUGGAGUUUCAUCACAUCAGUUCCAAGCUGCAGCUAAUUGUUGGGAGCUGCUGCACAGUAAUGAGGUGAUUUCCCGGGAAUUUAUGAAGCUAGCUAAUCAGUUGCAAGUAAAACCUUGGUCAGAUGGAUUUUCUGAAGAAUUGGCACUUUUUCAAGGAAGAUAUGAUGAAACAGUUCAGACAGUUCAAGGGAACAAUCUUGCUGCUAACAUAAUGAGAGUAUCUUUUAACUUCUUCCAUAAAAAGUAUGCAGCAUGUGUGGAAAGCAUACUGGCAGCCCUGCCACAGCUGCCAUCAGUUGAGGGUGCCUUGGAGACGGAGCUCAUUGUUGGUGGCACUCACAGACAUCUACACUUUUUGCCACUUACUAAAGUAGCCAUUAUGCAUUACUUCUGUACCUUGCUUAUAAGAAUUCUGCUCAGCACAGGAAACAGUUCAGAUUUAACCUAUGGCCACAUGUUAGUAUUGAUGCAAUUUGGAUGGCCCCAGGAAGAAGCCAUUUUUAUGAACAUUUUGGAUAUUAUAAAACGAAAGGGUGUAUUUCACUAUCAUUUAUUCUCAGCAUAUAUUAUACAUAUAGACAUACUGGAGGAGCUGAGUUUUAUGUGGAAUGAUCAGAAUAACAGUGUAGCAUUAGAUAUUUUACCAAAUUCACAACAGCAUCUAGGACAGAGAAGGAUUGGAACUAGGGGUGCAGAUAAGGGAGUAAAGGAAGAUUUUAAGCAGGCCAUGAAAGCCCAAGUUGCUAGAAGUAAUGAGUCCAUCUUAAACUUGAUGAUACAGUUUAUAACAUCAGAACGGUCCUACCUACUUCAAAUUUUAUGAUUUUACUUUACAUAGAAAAAAGGUUUUUUAUUGUAAAAAGGUGUGCUUUUAUUAUAAUAUAUAAUUAAAAAUAAUUAAUUUUAACAGA